AUGAAGUUACCUAGAUGGCUCUAUGCAGAUCAUUUAGCUAAGGAUUUCUCUGGACGUGAAGCAUUUUUAAGAAAUGAAGAUCUGAAACCAGUUGAAUGUGAACGACGUCUCUGGGGACCCUGGAAUUAUGUUGCAUUUUGGCUUGCUGAUUCAAUUAAUAUUAAUACAUGGAUGAUUAUUUCAAGUAUGGUUGUUGGUGGAUUGGCCUGGUGGGAAGCAUGGAUCUGUGUUUGGAUUGGUUAUACAAUUCUGGCCAUUUUCAUCUGUCUAUCUGGGCGAAUUGGUGCAACAUAUCAUAUUUCAUUUCCAGUUGUCAGUCGAUCAUCGUUUGGCCUGUUUGGUUCAUUCUGGCCUGUUCUCAAUCGAGGCUUUAUGGCGUGUGUCUGUCUACGCGGUUGGUCUUGGAUGGGUGGCAUUAUGAGUUGUAUUUCAAAUUUUGUUACAGUCAUUGUUAAUAAUCCAGAUUUUACUCGGUUUGCUACACGUCCAUCAGCCGCCUUCUGGUCACAAUUACUCACUAUUCCAAUCGGCUUCUCAGUCACAUGUUUCAUCGGCGUAAUUGUCAGCUCAUCAUCAAACGUGAUCUUCGGCCAAGCUAUUUGGAAUCCACUUGAUCUUCUAGGCAAAUUUCUCGACAGCCAGCCGUCAGCUGGAACACGUGCAGGUGUCUUCUUUAUCUCAUUAGCAUUUGCACUAGCUCAGCUCGGUGUUAAUAUUGCAGCAAAUUCUAUAUCAGCAGGAUCUGAUCUAACGGCACUUUUACCAAAUCCAGUGCCAGCGUGUGGUCAGAAGUGGCCAAGUGAAGUUGUUGAUGAUAUCGAUAAUAGCAUGGGUCUUAAAGCCGUGGUCUUUAAUAUGGAAGGACAGAAUGAUAGUAUUAAAUUACAAGAUCAAAAAGUAGUCGACGAAGUGACUCGUUCAUGA